CGCAAUUUAUCUUUUACCUACUCGCUUAUCAAUAGUACAAUCCCUCGUUAUAUCUACAACCCCACACCUUCGAUUAUAUAUUGUUCAAUCUUUACAUCAUUACAUAUGCCCAACAGAAGAAGAUCAUCCGUUUCGAAUGGUACCAGAGCCCCCGCUAAGUUGUUCAAAUGUACAGGCUUUGGUAAUUGUAAUAUGGUUUUCACCAGAAGCGAGCAUUUAGCUCGGCACCAGCGAAAGCAUACUGGAGAGAAACCCUAUAAGUGUAUCGUACCUGGAUGCGAACGCAUGUUUAGCAGAUUCGAUAAUAUGAUGCAGCACACCCAAACACACGACAAGAAUAAAAAGCUAAAAGCACACAGUCAUUCACAGAAAUUUAGCCAGAACAAUGGAUUGAAAGAGCAACAGCAAAGACAUUCGACGGGUAGUUACUCCAUGUCUAACAGUAGGAACUCACAAUUCCUCUCGCCUUCAUCCAUCAUGACCAAUUCAGUACCAUCCCGCGCUGAGCGUCCUCGCUCCAUGAUAGAUAGUAAGAUUUUACCUUUACCCAAUACUAGCAGAGCUCUUAUGCCCACCGAAUCUUCAUUCCCUCAUGUUUUAUAUCAAGAGCACUCCUCUUAUUCAGCUAUAAAGCAGCCCAGCAAUCGCUUUUCAUGGCCAUUGAGAAGGGACGCUCAUCCUUAUCCCCAACAUCAACCUAAUACUGGCCCUUACCUUGAUCCUUAUUCGCACAUAUCGCAACAUCCACCAUCCUAUUGUCACCCUUCCUCUUCCUCUACUUCGCAUCCUUUAAACGACUUACAUGCUCGUCGACUGUCAUCUGCCUCCACAAAUUCUAGCGAAUCCACCCUUCCUUCACCUAUUUCUUCUACUUCUCUACCACCACCUAAAGAUGUUGGUACUCAGACGGCCAGGCGAAGAAUUUCCAUCGACGAUCUUCGAUUGCCUAUUGAAAGUAUCAAGAAUAUCCAUUUGAGUGAAACCACCGAUCCCAAUGCUCAUUCGCUCAACAAAUCUCACCAAUACGAGCAUCUUAUCAAUUCUCAUAACACCAAAUCCACCAACAACAACAAUCAGAAUCAACAACAAACUGUAGAUAUCACAACAGACGAAUUAGAAGCUUUGGAGGGUUUUGGCAAAUUUCACUCUACUUCCGUCAUUGCUUCUAACAAUCCUGAAUUGUCUCCAUCGCCUGUUCUACAUACUGAUAGCCCUAAUAUAGCUUCCCAGGUUUGUGCUAUGCGACAACGUGUCAUGUCUUUGAACGAAUCUUUUCAAAGACGUUAGCAAAGACCAAAUAGUUUCUGCCUCUUACCCUCUCUGUUAAUUUAUAAUGUAUAAUUAUCUAUCCUACUCUCAAUUUCUUUUACAACAAAAAAAGAAAAAAAAAAAGAGCAAUUAUUUUGUCUAUUUUAGUUAGCCCCAGCUUAUUUUUAUACAUAUCUAUAGAUAUACAUAACCUUAUCAAUAGCCUAGCAUAUUUACUAUCAUUGUUUUUAUUAUAUACAAUAAAAGAAAAGUACGAAAUACC